AUGCGGCGGCAGCGGCGGGUGCCGGGGGCGCUGUGCCUGGGGGCGGCCGUGCUCUGCCUCUGGCUGGCGGCCCGGCGCCGCCCGCCUGGGCCCCGGCCCUGCCCCUGCCCCUGCCUCCGCCAGCCGGGCUCCCCCUGGUUCGACGCCCGGUUCGAGCCGGCCGCGGAGCCGCUGCUGGCGCCGGACGCCUCCCUGCCCGCUUCCGUGCUGCGCUGGUGGUCGCGUCUGCAGGGCCGGGGCAACAGGACGGAGUUCGAGGAGGCCAAGCGCAGGCUGUUCGCGGUCAUCCCCGCCCCGCGCCUCCCGGACGUCAGCCCCGCCUGCCACACCUGCGCCGUCGUGGGCAACUCGGGGAACCUGCUGGGCUCCGGACACGGGCCCGCCAUCGACCGGCACCGCUCCGUCUUCAGGAUGAACCGGGCGCCCGUGCGGGGCUUCGAGCGGGACGUGGGGCAGAGGACGUCUGUGCUGCUGCUCUACCCCGAGAGCGCCCGGGACCUGCCCCCGGAUGCCCGCUUGCUGCUGCUGCCCCUCAAGUCUCAGGACCUCACGUGGGCCGCGGGCGCGCUGACCACGGGAGGGCUCCAGCGCACCUACAGGAGAGUCCGGAGCCGAAUCCGUGCGGACAAGGAGAAGGCCCUGGUCCUGAGCCCCGCCUUCCUCAAGUACAUCCACGAUCGCUGGGUGGAGCGGCAGGGACGAUACCCCUCCACGGGCCUCGUGGCCCUGCUCUUCGCCCUGCACACCUGUGACCAGGUGUCGGUGUUCGGGUUCGGGGCCGACCCCCACGGAAACUGGCACCACUACUGGGAGAAGAACCGUCACGCCGGGGCCUUCCGCCGCACCGGGGUGCACAGCGCCACGGCCGAAGCCGGACUCAUCCGGCGGCUGCGGCGGGAGGGCAAGGUCACGGUGUUCGCCUGAAGCGGGCGGGGGCGGGGGGGGUCUCGUCCCCCCGUCCCUCCUCUCCACCCCCACCCCCCGCGCACCCCGUGGGGGAGCGAUAACGGCUAUUCCGUCACUCUGGGCCCAGCCGGGUCGGGGGGCACCCGCCAGGGAGGCCGGAGAGUCGUGCUUGUGUUGGGGGAGAGGGCGGUGGGUGUGCGGGGGAGGACGGGCGGACCCCUCAGAGGGGCGUGGAGGUCUCUCGGCGUCCCCUCCGUCCCCCCGGGGGGCUCAAUAAACGCCUUCGCCUCUCCCCCUUC